AUGCGGAGAGGCGUGUUAAUCUUCCUUGUUGUCAACCUCCUUAUCCUGUCAUUCCUAGUCCGCAGCGUCUUCACCCUGUUAUCCUUGCUCGUGGAAGAUGCCUCGGCCGAUGCAAUCCACCGCGCGGAGCUUCCCUCGCCGAAUUCCAGUCUGAUCGAACAGCGACCGCAAGUCAUUCCCAAAAUUAUCCACCAAACCUACAAGAACGAGACAAUCCCCGAGGUGUGGAAGGACGCCCAACAAAGCUGCAUCGACCUGCACCCGGACUACGAAUACAUUCUCUGGACGAACGAGAAGUCUCGUGAAUUCAUCGCCCAUGAAUACCCAUGGUUCCUCGAUACUUUCGACGGCUACAAAUACCCGAUUCAGCGCGCGGAUUCCAUUCGUUACUUUGUGUUGGCGCAUUAUGGCGGAACUUACAUCGAUCUUGACGACGUACGUUGGGGGGGGGGGGGGGGGGGGGGGGGGGGGGGGGGGGGGGGGGGGGGGGGGGGGGGGGGGGGGGGGGGGGGGGG